AUGUUCGCCUCGUCAGGAUCGGAUCUGACCAUUCGCAUCUGGACAUGUGGCACCAGAGACCCCGGACACCAGGAAUCUUGGGCCCUCUCUCAGGAGAUUGACGUCUCCGAGCGCCACUCUCGCACGCUGCGCUCUCUUGCGUGGAGCCCUUGCGGCAAGCUUCUGGCAGCAGCUUCGUUUGAUGCCAGCAUUUCGGUCUGGAGAGUUAUUCCAGGGACCGACACUCGAGGCAGAAUUGAGUUUGACUGCAUGACCGUGCUGAGCGGCCAUGAAAACGAAGUCAAGUCCGUGGCUUUCAGUCCCUCAGGCAAUUUGUUUGCUUCUUGCAGCCGUGAUCGCUCUGUCUGGGUGUAUGACUCGGAGGAGACCGAUGAGUACGAGUGCGUGGCGCUGCUUCAGUCCCACACCCAGGACGUCAAGGCCGUGAGAUGGCAUCCUCAACAGGAGGUGCUCUUUUCGUGCUCUUACGACGACACGAUCAAGGUCUGGGGCCCCGACGGAGACGAUUGGUGCUGCAAAGAGACCAUGGAGGGCCACGGCAGCACAGUUUGGUCCAUGAGCUUCGACAGCAAAGGAUCGCAUUUCGCGUCCUGUUCCGACGAUGGGACCUUGCGGAUCUGGGCUCCCUCUGCAACCCUUCCAGCAGGCUUCAGGCCCGUGGAAAGCCACAGCACAGAGCCUGUCAAACAGGCUGAACAAGUUGAAGUCACAACAGCAAGUGCUGAAGACUUGCUCUUCGCCCAGUCUGUCAGGCCACUUUUUCGAGGAGCUUUGGUCAAACCGGCCUCUUCGUCUGCUGCGCCGCCGCAAGCUGUCACACAGCCAGUGGCCAACGGCAGCAGUGAGGCUGCUACAACUUCAGGCCACAAAGCUUGCAGAUCAGCGCCCAACGACGCCUGCUGCGGCUGGGCGUGUGUCAGCGUCAUCAAGGAUCAACAUCCUCGACCAGUCUACUGCACGGAUUGGUCAUGCAGCGACUUCCUGGCCUCUGCCUGCGGAGACAAUCGGCUCCGCAUCUUCCGGCCAGAGGACGCAUCGAGCCUGUUGGAAUGGGCCUGUAUAGCAAAUGAAGUAGCUCAUGAAGGAGACGUCAAUUGCGUCGCGUGGUGCCCCGGAGAAUCUCAGUUUGCUGGCCGGACCUUCCUCGCAACUGCAGGCGAUGAUGCAGAGGUUGCUGUGUGGGAAUUUUCCAACUAA